CCUGAACUUCCAGGCUGUUACACUGGCAUCAUCCAUCCAAACUCCGAUCAUACAUCCCGUCGCCCAUCAACUCCCAUCCGUUUCGUUUUCGUCCGUAACUGUGACUGCGCCGGCUGUAGGUCUCGGCUUUGUACCGCCACCUGUUCCCUUUUUGGGCUUCCCCAGCAUCUUUACCCGGCUCCAAACCAAGCGGCAGUUUCUCCAACUGCCCUUCUCUUGUUCCACUCACUCUCUCGCCCUGCGUGUGCGAUCGCGACAGGACGCUGUUCCACCAUGCCUUCCCCCAAGCAAAGAAAGGUCGCCAUUGUCGGCAGCCGCUCCGUCGGCAAGUCGUCUCUGGCGGUGCGGUUCGUGGACGGCCACUUCGUCGACAGCUACUACCCCACGAUCGAGAACACGUUUAGCAAGAUGAUCAAGUACAAGGGCCAGGACUUUUCUACCGAGAUUGUCGACACGGCAGGCCAAGACGAGUACAGCAUCUUGAACUCGAAGCAUUUUAUUGGAAUCCACGGGUACAUGCUCGUCUACUCGGUAUCAUCGCUGCCCUCGUUCGAGAUGGUGCAGGUCAUUCGGGAAAAGAUUCUAAACCACCUGGGCACCGAGUCCGUCCCCAUCGUCAUCGUGGGCAACAAGAGCGAUCUGCGACCCGAGCAACGGCAAGUCACCCCCGAGGACGGGCAGAAGCUCGCCGAGAAGAUCCAGUGCGGCUGGACCGAGGCGAGCGCGCGGUACAACGAGAACGUGGGCAAGGCCUUUGAGCUCUUGAUAGCGCAGAUCGAGAAGUCGCAGAACCCCGGCGAAGCGCCUGCGAAGAGCAAUUGCGUCCUGAUGUGA